AAACAAAAAAUGAACCACCAAAGUUUUGCAUAUAAAAAGACACAUGGAGUAAUGUUAAUUAUUAUACCCAAACUUGCUUCUUCUAUCUUCCACCCAAACAUAGAGCAACAUGUUUAGUGUUAAACGAUUAGUUGAAUCAAAUUCUCUAAAGUCUAUUCCUUCUAACUACAUUUGCCACAACGAAAAUGAAGAUUAUGAUUCCAUGGUGAAUGAAACAGAGAAUAUUCCAACAAUUGACUUUUCCAAACUCAUAUCUUCCAAUUCUAAUGACCGUUCCAUGGAAAUUCAAAAACUUGGUGAUGCUUGCCGCGAUUGGGGUUUCUUUAUGCUAAUCAAUCAUGGGGUGUCGGAGACACUGAGGGCUGAGGUGUUAAGAUUAAGCCAAUGCUUUUUCGAUCUGCCAAGUGAAGAAAAAAAAGAAUGCAUCGGUGAAAAGCCAUUUGAUCCAAUUAGAUGUGGUACAAGCUUCAAUAUCAAAGUAGACAAAACCCACUACUGGAGAGAUUUUCUCAAAUGUUAUGUUCACCCUCACUUUCAUGCUCCUUCCAAUCCCCUCGGUUUUAGUGAAACUUUAGAGGAAUAUGUUACAAAGAAUAGGGAAGUGAUUGGAGAGUUGCUAAAAGCAAUAUCUCUAACCUUGAGCCUAGAAGAAAAUUAUAUACAUAAUAUGAUGAAUGCGGAGUCGGGCUCUCAGCUACUUGUUAUCAACUACUACCCACCUUGCCCUAAGCCCGAACUCGUCAUGGGCCUACCUGCUCACACAGAUCAUGGGCUUUUAACUCUCUUAAUGCAAAAUGAGCUUGGUGGGCUUCAAAUUGAACAUGAUGGCAAGUGGAUUCCUGUCAAUCCUUUACCUAACUCGUUUCUCAUCAACACCGGAGAUCAUUUGGAGAUACUUACAAAUGGAAAGUAUAAGAGUGUUGUUCAUCGUGCUAUUGUGAUGAAUAAGAAAGCUGCAAGAAUUUCUGUUGGUACAGCAAAUGGGCCUACACUUGAUACCAUUGUUAGCCCUGCACCUGAGCUGCUUAGCGAGGAUAACCCCUCAGCAUAUCGUGGCAUUCAAUAUAAAGAUUACUUGCUACUUCAACAAAGUCGUGAACUAGAGAGAAAAUCUUGCUUAGAUUAUAUUCGAAUCUGAAAGGAAACAAUGUUUCCCUUGCUUAAGUAGUACUCGUAAGUGUGGUCUUUUCUUUUAUAAUCUAAAUUUAGAGUGAGGGGAUGGUGCCCUGGUUCAAGGUAAAGAAGACCUUAAGGUUCAAAGAGCACUUACAAAUGUAUUUACAUUUACCUCUCUCCAAAAAUACUAGCUGGACUUGAAUCCUAAGUGUAGUCUUUCAAAAGUAUAUUUCUUACUUUUUAAAUUAACGCGUGGAAUUAUAGUUUAGUGUGUACUUGUGUAACGUUGUGAAAUAGAUUAUAAUCAAAUUUUCAUAUU